GAUUUGAGAACCUAUCAUAAGUCAUCUUAUCAAAAUAAACAAAUCGCUUAUGUUCUAUGCUUCUACAUUCAGCGCAACUUAAUUAUGCACUACAUGAUCGUUAUUACAAUACUAGUGUAAAAAUUUGGCCCAUUUAAGGUGUUGUUUUCCAGCGAGGAAAACUCUGGUGUUUGAACUCAAUUAAUGCACCUUGACUUCUUGAACGACGAUUAAUAACACGGUUCAAACCUCUCCGAACAAUGUUCGAACGAGGGUGUUUGAUGUUUUGAUGGUUUUUGGGAACAAGCUAAGUUACAUUGCUCCUACUCUUAUAGAGGUUCAGUGAGAGCUCCAGAUUGUAAAGGCUUUGAGUAUGGUUACAUUGUAGAGAAAGGAUAAAGUUUGACAUGUGUUGUCAAAUGUUUGGUUGUGGAAUCCUUUUACAAUCUUAGUUUUUCCUAUUUAUAGCCACUAGGUGUAAAACUGCCUUGGUAAUUGCUAGCUAGCUUGCUGCUCCAACCAUCUUAGGGACCCCUUGUCUCCGCUUUGGAGACCAAUGGGUAACCGUUGCCUUGGUGUUGAUUCCUAUCACAUUGGGGCCUCUUGCCCCGCCUUGUUGAAUGGUUGGUACUUUAUGGGCUCGAAGCUAAGUAGAGUUGUUGUUGAAUCUUGUUGCUUUGUUUUGACUAGAUGAGGUUGAAGGUCUUUGCCUUGCUCCAUGACGAAGUCUUGACCUCUCCAGCUUGAUACCCCCGUUUUACCUAGCCAGCCCUAUCGGCUUGGUCUCCAUACUUAAUUCUUAGAAUCUCAUCAAGUUGGUACCUUGCGGCCUUGUUGGGUUGGUACCCCGUUAGGGACCACCAAGUCCGUAUUGGGACUUAGUCUCCAUAUGGCUCCCUUAGGGGCUCUACACCAAGUCCUCACCAAGUUGACAACCUCUUAGCUCGGCAUCCUGGCCGACUAGCCCCUACCCAUAAGAUUUCAUAAUAAGUCUAGAGGUUAUGAGGAUGGUCCAUUGCGCCUUAGUACCCAGCCAGGUGGCCACCUUGUUACCUCCUCAUCGGGUUGACACUCUUCAUCUCUAUGCUCAGCUUUUGAGAGGUUUGAUAACUUGAUACCAAGCCUGGCUUGGGGGCUUGGUACCUUGUUGCUUGGCUACCAAGCCAGUUUUGAUGUCCUGCUACACUCUUGCUUGGCUGCCAAGUCUGCCUUGCUGACUUGGUAUACCCAUACUUAGGCAAAUUUCAUGUCAUGGUAUCAGGCCUGCCUUGCCGGUUUGAUACCCCCUUGGUGUUUUGGUACCAAGCCAUGUAUUAUCGCCUUGGUACCCUCUUGGUUCAAGACUAAGCCAAAUUUCUUGUUUGGGUACCAGGGGUACCAGGUCUGCCUUGUCGGCUUGGUACCCUCAACUUUGGUACCUUGUGCCUCCAUACUUAGCCAAAUUUCAUGUUUAGGUAUCAGGGUUGUCUUGCCGGCUUGGUACCCUAUUGGCUCCAUACUUAGCCAAAUUUCAUGUCGUUUGGUAUCAAGCCUUCCUUGUCGGCUUGAUACCCCUUUGGUUCUUUACUUAGCCAAAUUUCAUGUUUGGGUAACAAGCCUGCAUCAUCGUAUAUUGAUACCAACCAUGUCAAGCCUGCCUUGGUACCCUCAGGCCUCAGCCUACCAAGCCUCUUUCGUCGGUUUGGUACCCCGUAGUUUGCCACCCUGUUUCCAGACUUAGUUUUUUGGGAACCGAAUUUCAUACCAAGAGGGUGGAGGCAUCGUCCAGCUAUGGGGGCGGUCAAACGCUAGACCAGGUAUAUCGAGCCUGGCCACUGAGGAUAAAAACACCAAAACCAAUAAGGCCCAGCUAGCUUGUUUAAUGUUUAAUGUUGAGCUAGCUCGUUUAAUGUUUAAUGUUGAGCUAUCUCGUCCACAUUGUACUUGGCCACCAAUCUUAGAAUUUGUGGUAAGCAUAGUUAAUCUUAGUGAGGACUAGAGGUGGCAAUUGGAUCAGAUUCGUGGAUUGGAUUGGUGGAUCCAUGGAUUAAAUGGAUUGGAUCCAAUGGAUUGGUGGAUUGAUCCAUGAAUCCAAAUGACAUCCAAGGCUUGGACCAAAAUGUAAAAUUUGAAAAGUUUAGGUACUAAAAUGUCAUAAUGAAAAUUUUUAGGUACUAAAAUGUAAUUUUCCAAUGAUUUUUUCGUAUAAAAAUAUAAAUUUAGGUACCAAAAUGUAAAAUAUAAAAUAUAUAGGUACCAAAUCGUAAUUUGCCAUUUGGAUCCAUGAAUUUAUUUGUGAAUCCACCAAUCCAAUUGGAUUUGGAUCAAAUGGAUUGGAUUUAAAUGGAUUGGAUUAAGUGGAUAAUUUGGUGGAUGGAUUGGAUUGGAUUCAUGGAUUUGGAUCCUAAUUGCCACCUCUAGUCGGGACCAUAGUACAACGAAGCCAUCAAACCUAGUCGCCCUCUUCCUCCCGCUGGACGUGGUGGCCGCCACGCUUAAUUAUUUUUACCUUAAUUUUAUUCCUAUGAUACGGCAAUGAGAGGAUAAAUCAAGACUCCUUUGGUACUUGGCUUGGGAAUCUAACACUACGAGACAAUCCAAAUUAUCCUUCGUGACAUGACUAGCUACCCAAGCCAUGCUAUGAAGAGGUUACCCAAGCCAUGAUAUGGAAAAGGGUAUCAUAUCAUGCUUUAGGGUGAGACAAGGUCUGACAUACUGGCCAUGAGGAGGAUCGAUUAACUUUGAACCUAUUGACACCUUGCGUCCCAAAAGAAAGGGACAUAGGGUUCGAGAUAUUUAACAAUGACCAAUUGAUCAUGUAUCACCCAUCUAUAUCUUUCAACAAGUAGGCUUCCUUGGAUGUGUAACGUAGAUGAUAAAGGGGAUACACCAGACUCCUAAUCAGCAGCUCAUGCCAUGUAAGUGAUAUGGUGUACCCACCAAUCAAAUGAGUGUAAGGGGCUCCAUGACCCAACAACAUGACUCAUUGCUUACCAGUCAUGGCAAGGUCCUCACAUCGAAAGUUUUACAUCUUUUUUUCUAGCCAUGAUUGGCUUGUGAUUUCCUUUUGUUUUCUUUCUCUUUAUUUUUUACUUGCUAAUUUUAUUUAUAUAUUUAUUUGAAUAUUGAAGAGAGUGACAUACGUCACUGAUAUCCAUACCCUUUGGCAACCACCAACAUGCCAAAGGUGUACACCCACUGACACAUCCAUGGAUUAAACCCGACCAACCAUCCAUAUGCUACUUGUCUUCCCUCCUUUUAGGAGUGGGGGGGGGGGGGGGAGACUCUUUUUGUAUUGGUUUUGAAUUUUCCAACUUAAUAACAGAUGGUAUCCGCUCAACAUGUCCUACCUUGGUGGGCUUGCAAGGGGUUUCAUGCUUUCAUUCUCGAGCUACCUUAUUAGACAUGUUGGGGUUUUGACAUUGACCCUGAUAUGUUUGUCUCAUUCUAGGUGGUUCGGUAGACAUUGCCAACUCCUUUGAUCCAUCAAAGAGACCACGGGUUAUUCUAUGCCUUAGCUUCCCCCAACUUGGCACAUGCUUACUCUCCCUACAUGGUUGGGACACGAGAAGACGAGUGUUUGGGCUAACAAGUUGGCGACCACUCUUGUUGCCAACUUGACUUUCAACCCCUAUGCCUCGUUGUUUUUUUAAUCUUAACACAUAACCACCCUUGGUCCAUUGUAGGACCAUGCCUAGUCGGUCUAUGUCAAAAUGUCUUAUUCAAACCCCCUUGUCUGUCAUUCAUUUUUGCCGCCUUGUUUCCAGACCUAGUUUUUUGGGGAGCCGAAUUUCAUACCAAGGGGGUGGAGGCAUCGUCCGUCUAUGGGGCGGACGAACGCUAGGUCAGAAAUAUGGAGCUUGGCCACUUAGGUAAAAAACCCAAACCAAUAAGGCCCAGCUAGCUCAUUUAAUGUUUAAUGCUGAGAUGGUCUUAUAAAUCCAUUAAAUCCCUUAUAAUUAAUCGAUGUAGUAUGAGUUACUUUUUUUAUGGGUAAACAGGUGUGCUCGAGUUGCAUUUUAUUUUCAAAAUUACGGUCAAUAUUGGUUUGUUAACUCAUACCAUUGCAGAAUCUCAAUCAUCUCAAAUAAUGCAAAAUUAAUUUAGCACUUUGACCAUUUAUUUAACUUUAUAACUGCUUUUACAAAAUAAUGUUUUUAGUGUAAUAAAUAAAGAGUGAGUUGUAAUCACACAACUCUAGUUUCUAUUUGGUAGGAAGAACAUUGUGGAAUGAGAUGGUGGUGGAGUGAGAAAAAAUUUAACUAAAUUGGACAUCGUCUCACUUUCGUCAGAGAAGAAAUGGAGAGACCUAGAGUGAGAAAACUUCUCCUUCUUCAGAUUUUAGAGUGAGAAAGUGACGAACCAAAGAAGAGGGAAAACUAGGGUUUGAUCUCCAAGUAAGGAUUUGGGUUUUCUUCAGCACAAGGAGCAAGGCUUUCCUCUUCAUGAUAGUUUUCUUUUCCCUCUUUUGUGUUUUCCCUUCUCAUAGCAUGGAGUAGUCCCUUAUUUCACUUGGGUGUUUGUAAACCCUAGCUACAAUUAUGUGAAUGCUUGUAUGAACUGAAUGAUUUGUGUGGGGAUGUGUUUUAAUGUGAAUGUGGAGGUAUUAUUCAGAAAUGAUUUUGUUGUGUGAAAACCUAUCAAUCUAAUUGCCAUUCUAACCUAGUUUAGAGAAACCCCUUAACUUAAGAGGCUCUUCUAGAAAUGAUUUUGUUGUGUGAAAACCUAUCAAUCUAAUUGCCAUUCUAACCUAGUUUAGAGAAACCCCUUAACUUAAGAGGUUCUUCUAUAGAUGGGUUUCUUUGGGCAUUCUAUGCCUCAUAGUCUAGGUUAGUUAGAGGUCAAACCUCCUAAUUCAUAUUAAACACUUAGGGUUUGGUUGUGGGUGGCCGUCCGAACUCCAAUUCGAGAGUGAAGUCUAACUAAUCCUUAGUCGAUAGGUUGAGAAGGUCACAUCAGUGGCUUGGAUCGUAUUCAUUCCUCAACCUAGAAUCUAAGAGGGUAACUUUGGUUGCUUGUUAGACUUUCCUGCGGUUUAUGACCCUCUAACCACACACAGUCGAUCGAUUCUUCAAGUCAUAAUUGUUAGCUAGGGGGAGCAACACCCAGGUGAAGCUUUCUCAACUAGAGUCAAAUUCAUUUUACCUUUGCAAAGUAAUUUAGUUUUCAAUCUUUGUUUUCACCAAAACCGAUUUGCUAGAUAAUGUUUCAAACAGUCGAAGUAGCGGUACAUGGAUCAGCCUGGGUCGAUAUAUAAACAUACUUGCCCUAUAUUGCACCCAUCUAAGGUUUAUACUUGGACCUUAGGUGGGAUUUUAUUGUGAUAGUUAGACCGAGUCAAGUAUCUUACUUCGUUGUCAAGGAAACAACGGUCUGUUAUCGUGAAAAGUUUGUUUGGUGUUAAUCUAGCUUUUAAUUUCUGUUGUGUUAAGUUGUGACUUGUUUUCUUGUGCUAGACGUGUUGUGUUCCUUGAGUGUGUGUAGGGAGGUGCAUGAUCCGGAGCAAUCCGGCGCCUUUGACACCACUGGACGAGGACAUAAACCGGACCCUCCGACUUCUAGCUCGAGAGAGGGAGCAAGCGGAGGCAAAAAGGAGAAGUGAAGAAAGGGGAAAACAAGUCGGUCCCAAAGUUGAAGCAAUUGAAGAAGGAGUUGUAGUUGAGAUGGCAGCAAAUCAACACCGAGGGGCUAAUCCGCUUCCAAACCCAAAUGGAGAAGCGGAAGCCAAGGAAGGGCCAAGGACUAUGGGCUAUUACAUGGCUCCACGGGCGACGGAUAUCCAAUCUCCCAUCUUCCAUCCACCCGUGGCCUCCAACAACUUUGAGAUCAUCAAUCCCUCUCUCUCGUGACGAUGAUUCAACAAAAUGCUUACUUCCACGGGCUAUCCCAUGAAUCACCACGAGAGCAUGUCCAAAGGUUUCUUGAGCUAGCGGGAAGCUUGAAGAUUAAUGGCGUCCCCAAGGAGGCAUUGAGAUUGAAGCUUUUCCCCGAUACUGUCCUCCUUCCAAGACGGCCGAGUGGAGGAAGAAGAUCACUCACGUUGAGCAAGAGGAGGAUGAGAAAUUGAGGGACGCAUGAGAAAGGUUCUCCGACUAUUUCCUCCAAUGCCCUCACCAUGGAUUUGAGGAGCAAUUUCGGAUAUAAACUUUCUAUGGAGGA